AGGCAACAUUCUGAUGCCUCAUUCAUGGCGAUUAAUAUCAAGCUAGCCUGUUAUCACGCGCUGAACUGAAUUUAUUACAACUGCUGCAAUAGUAAUGUGAUUAAUUUAUACCAUAAUCGUUAUAAUAACUAGUGAAUAUCCCUAACACUUUCCUGCGCAGGGGACUAGGAACGAACGUGUCGUGUUAUGGGAGAAACACGGAGGUCAGACGAACGGUGGGCUGUCAACAACAAUUAUGUCCGUGUGAAACGACCCUUCAUCUGCUUUCUAUCUAUAUUAUAGCACCGAUUCCUUUGAAGCAUGCCUGGGAAACUAAAGGCCAAAAUUGUGGCAGGGCGCCACUUGCCUGUGAUGGACAGGGCAAGUGACCUAACGGAUGCUUUUGUAGAGGUCAAGUUUGGAAACACAACCUUCAAAACAGAUGUUUAUCCCAAGUCCCUUAAUCCACAGUGGAACUCAGAAUGGUUCAAGUUUGAGGUUGAUGAUGAGGACUUGCAGGACGAACCCUUGCAGAUCACAGUGUUGGACCAUGAUACAUACAGUGCUAACGAUGCCAUAGGGAAGGUUUACAUUGACAUCGAUCCGUUGCUGUGCACUGAGGCUGCCUCUGUCAUCUCAGGAUGGUUUCCCAUCUACGACACCAUUCACGGCAUCAGAGGAGAGAUCAACGUGCUUGUAAAAGUGGAGCUCUUCAACGACUUGAACCGUUUCAGGCAGUCCUCUUGUGGGGUCAAGUUUUUCUGCACCACAUCUAUUCCACGGGGCUACCGAGCGGCAAUGGUCCACGGGUUUGUAGAGGAACUGGUGGUGAAUGAGGACCCAGAGUACCAGUGGAUAGACCGCAUCAGAACACCUCGGGCAUCCAACGAAGCCCGUCAGAGACUCAUCUCUCUUAUGUCUGGAGAGCUGCAGAGAAAAAUAGGGCUUAAAGUUCUGGAGAUGGGUGGGAAUGCAGUAGUGGGCUACCUGCAGUGCUUUGACUUGGAAGGAGAGUCCGGCCUUGUGGUCCGGGCCAUAGGUACCGCCUGCACUCUGGAUAAAAUCAGCUCUGGAAGCUUCUCGAACACACACACGCACCCUAACACAGCGCCCCCAUCUAAUGCCUGCAAUUCCCCAUCUAAAGACGGAAAGGAGCCGGUAUUUGGUGAGGAUCUGCCCUCGUCCUCCGGCCCGCCUACCCCUUUUCGAGCCCUCCCCACCUCCUCCUCCUCUCCUCCCCCCUUCUCUCCCUGCAAGCCAUGCAGCCGUCAGUCCUCAUCAUCAGACACAGACCUCAGUUUGACGCCCAAGACGGAGGAGCCCCAGUCGGGGAGACGCAGGCCAGGGAUCUUCCUCUGCCCCAGUUCCCCAGUCCUCUCUGCAGACUCAUUGUCCCUUCCUGGUUUUGGCUCGGCGGACUGUGGUCAUGGCUCUGGCCUCAGAGCAACCACCCCGCCCCUUCCCUCCUGCACCCACUCAGACUCUGCCUUGCUGAGAAAGAGCGUGUCCUUCACUGAGGACCUGCUGCUGGCAGCCUCCGGAAUGGGCAGCGGUGGCAGCGCAGGGAAGGAGGCUGGGCCCUUGAAGACCCUUCUCAGACAGCAAACGCAGACUGCUCUGGAACAGAGGGAGUUCCCUUUCUUCACUUUGACCUCUUUUCCACCGGCUUUCCUGGUUCAUGUUGGCGGAGUGGUCAGUGCUCGGUCUGUUAAAUUACUGGAUCGCAUACACAACCCUGCCUUGGGUAACACGCGCUCAUACAAACUGCUAGACUGGAAUAGUGUCACCGCAGAUGAACCGGAGACCCGUGACGCCUGGUGGGAAGAGAUCCGCCAGGAAAUUAAAUCUCAUGCCAAAGCUCUCGGUUGCCACGCUGUCAUAGGUUACAGUGAGAAUACAAGCAUCUGUGAAGAGGUUUGCAUUCUGUCAGCAUCAGGGACAGCCGCCAUCCUGAAUCCGCGGUAUAUGCGUGAAGGUUGCCUCGACAUGGGCAGUACUGACCACAGGUUUGAUGAUCCUUCCCCUCCCAGCUGUGGCUUCUGUCACAUCCCCUAUGAUGAGCUCAACAUGCCAUUUCCUGCCCAGCUAACCUACUGUUACAACUGCAGGCGGCAAAAGGUUCCUGAUGUGUUAUUCACAACGAUCGACUUGCCAACAGAGGCAGCUGUUACAGGGAAAGGCUGCCUCAUUCAGGCCAGGCUGUGCCGCCUGAAAAAGAGAGCUCAGGGAGAAGUGAACGCAACCGCCAUUUCAAACCUGCUGCCUUUCAUGGAAUACGAGCUGCACACUCAGCUGAUGAAUAAGCUCAAGCUCCGGAGCAUGAAUGCUCUAUUUGGUCUGCACAUUCAGAUCAGUGUUGGCGAGAACAUGCUGCUGGGUCUGGCUUCUGCUACAGGAGUGUACCUGACGGCUCUGCCUGCACCAGGAGGCAUCCAGGUGGCUGGGAAGACCCCCAGCGAGUUGAACGAACAGCACGUUCUGACGAUCCAGAAACGGAUCAACGACACCAUUGCCAAGAACAAGGAGCUCUAUCAAAUCACCCCUCCCAAAUUAUUUGCCCUGGACCCUGAAGUGUUCUGCGGCACAAACAUGGAGCUGACAGAGGAAGGGGUGGGCUCUCCGAUCCCAGAGCCCAGGCACAGAUCCAGACUUUUCCGCUCCCACUCAGAAAGCUCAGAUGAAGUGUCUGAAUUGGAUCUGUCGCAUGGCAAAAAAGAUGCCUUUGUUCUGGAGAUCGAUGACACUGACGCCGUGGAAGACAUCCACUCUCUCCUCACCGAUGCGUCUCCCCCCACAGGUUUCUACAGCUGCAACACUGAGACCAUGCCUGGGAUUUAUAACUGGACCACAGCAGUACAGAUGUUUACGUCGGUUAGGGUGCUGAGAUUGAGCAAUGCCAACCUAUCUAACCAAAGCCUAAAUAAGAUCUUCACUGACCUUUGUGAGAAUCUUCUAAAGAGUUUCUACUUCAAGUUACGCUCCAUGAUUCCCUGCUGUCUUUGUCAUCUCAAUUUUAAUGUAGCAGUACCAGAAGAAGAACUUAUUCAGGUUUCAGUGACAGCCGUUGCCAUGACGUUUGAUAAGGACCAGGCUCAAGAGAGGCCAGCUGAAAGAUUUAUUACCAAAGGUGGGAGUGAGACCGAAGAUCAGCUGCAGUUUUCACUAGAGUUGUGCGCUGACACGUCAUCCACCAACUCUUCCAAAAUAUCAGGUGUCCAAGAAAACGCACUUGUCUCAUCCAGAGCUGCCUCCGUUGAUUACGGUUCCUUUGCAGACAGAUGCAGCACCUGGCUAGAGCUGCUUAGGCUGAAAGCGCACACCAUAAGACGAGGAUCAGUUAAAACAAGUAGGAGGACACAGUCUCUAGCACACUCUGUCUCGUCUUUGGAGCACUGCAGCCCGCUGACAGAGGGACGCUCUCGUUCACUGCGCUCAAGCCGUUCCUUCGGAGGCAGUUCGGUCACCAUGGUGAAGAUGACACCGCUCUCUUUCCUCCCUGGGACGCGCAUCAUUAAAUACCUUGGCAUCAUCAACAUGUUCUUCAUCAGAGAGACAACAUCGUUAAGAGAGGAAGGUGGGGUUAGCGGCUUCUUGCAUUCGUUCAUUGCAGAGGUGUUUGCGAUUGUUCGAGCCCAUGUAGCAGCUCUGGGUGGCAAUGCUGUGGUGUCCUACAGCAUGAAGGACUGCGUUUUAAUGGAAAAUCCCAACAAGAAUCAGGCUCAGUGCCUCAUUAACGUCAGCGGGGAUGCAGUUGUCUGCGUCAGGGAAACGGACCCUGAACCCAUGGCCCAGAUGGUGAAUAGUGGACAGACUUGUGCAGCUGAUGGAACCUCAUGACUCUGAAGAUGUUUGGUUCCGCCAGCAGGGGGCACUGUCUGAGUGAACGCACUCUCCUAAAGUCUAGCCAUCCAAAUUUGUGGGAAUCAAUAUUUGCCUUAAAUUCUCAAAGAUCCAAAGGUCUGGACAUAUUAUAAUAAAAAUAAUAAAAGACACAAUUGCUCAUGUGCUCAAAACGGUGUAUUAAGUGGAAGCAGUUGCUUUAUGAUUAAAGAAAAAUGGAUAUAGUUGAAAAUAGCUGAAGGGGCUCUCUAAAUUUGAAGUUUUUCUUUUAUUUUUUACUCUAGCCGUCCGCACUGGGCCACGACCCAGGCUACACUGUAUCAGCAAUCUCCUCUCGUUUUGCACACAUGUGGCAGCUAAUAUUAUUUUGUCCAUCUUUAAAUCACUGAAUUUCAGGAGCCAUGUUAAAAGGGAUGCACAUAUUUCUUCAAGCAACCAUUUAUAUGCAGUUAGGUUCUUCCAGUGUUACGCUGUUUUUUUUUUCCCAUUUCAAUAGUGGUGCCUGUACGAAAAAAUACAAUCCAGCCAAGAAAAGGCUUUUGGAGCCAAGAUUUCAAAACAUGCUGUGUAAACAUGUGACUUGUUUUUGUUUGUUUGUUUUUAUUGGAACAUUCUCCGGUAUUAAUGUUUAAAUUUACUGGUAUUGAUGAUUACUGCCACAGUAUUUUUCACAUUUUUUAUUUCCUUAGUGUCAAAAGAUGACAUCAAAAACUAGUUCUAUUAGUCCUGAGAGGGGUUCUAGUUACUUUCCUUGAAUAAAAAAAAAAGUAGAUCAAAGGUGUAAUAUGCAAAUGUUUUAUUAGAUUAAGAAGUUAUUUGUAGAAGAUCUAUUGUGACUAUUUGAUUUAAUAGUUUUUUCUAAUUAAAAUUUCAAAUUAAAGUAGCAUGGCAAAUAUAUUUAUCUACUUCCAGAUUUACUUCCAUGGUGAUAUGUGGAUUUUUACUAAAAGUAACUUAAUGUAAAAUUGGAAGUUGGGAUUUACUAGUAUCCUUUUUUUCAUUCAUUUUUUCUUCAUGUAGCACCUAUGUCAGAUUUCAUGUUGCCAAGCUUCAUCGCAGCUGCUUUGGCACUUGUUUUAAAAGUCUCACUACCGACCUGCCCAACAUCUGAAAAAAGCAUCUUCUAGGGUUGGUGCUACGUAAAAAUAUACACUGUAAAUGUUGUUUGGAGUCAGAUCUGGGUUGUUCUUUUUUUGUUGUUUUUUUUUGUAAUUUUUCUAACGUUUAAGAAUAAAAUCUGAUGCCUCCACAGGGCAUUCCUGAAGUCAAGAGAUUUAUUGGUACUCUAAUCUGUGUGAUCAGUAGUUUAUUAUUUUUGUUUGUGGCUAAAACUUGAAUGUAUAUAAAUCUAUAUGGAUGCUUUUCCUCUUGCACUUGCAGCAUGCAGAGCAUAUUUUUAUUUCCAUGAAUCUCUAUGCUUGCCAGGUGAGUUGCACAAUAAACUCAUGUCAAACCAAA